ACCCACCCUCUCUUUUCUCUGCUCGUCUCCCAUCAGUUUCUCUUCCUAUCCCUCCACCCAUCACUCCUCUAAAGAAAUCUCCCUCAGCUCAGCUCCAACUCAAGCAUGUCUUGCUUCAAGGGCAAAUACCAUGAUGAACUCAUUGCCAAUGCUGCCUACAUUGGCACACCCGGAAAGGGUAUCCUUGCUGCUGAUGAGUCUACUGGCACAAUUGGCAAGCGUCUAUCCAGCAUCAAUGUGGAGAACGUUGAGACCAACAGGAGGGCUCUCCGUGAGCUUCUCUUUUGCACCCCAGGUGCCCUCCAAUACCUGAGUGGUGUGAUCCUCUUUGAGGAGACCCUUUACCAAAAGACAGCCAGUGGCAAGCCUUUUGUUGAUGUCCUCAAGGAAGGUGGUGUUCUUCCUGGUAUCAAGGUUGACAAGGGUACCGUUGAACUUGCUGGCACCAACGGUGAGACCACCACCCAGGGUCUUGAUGGCCUUGCUCAGCGCUGCCAACAGUACUAUGCAGCUGGUGCUCGGUUCGCUAAGUGGCGUGCUGUGCUCAAGAUUGGCCCUACCGAGCCAUCUCAGUUGGCCAUCAAUGAAAACGCCAACGGCUUGGCCAGGUAUGCCAUAAUUUGCCAGGAGAACGGAUUGGUCCCAAUUGUGGAGCCAGAGAUCCUGGUGGAUGGUCCUCAUGACAUUCAACGAUGUGCGGACGUUACAGAGCGUGUCCUCGCAGCUGUGUACAAGGCACUGAAUGACCACCAUGUCCUGCUUGAGGGGACCUUGUUGAAACCCAACAUGGUCACACCAGGGUCCGAUGCCAAGAAGGUGAGCCCACAGGUGAUUGCCGAGCAUACCGUGCGAGCGUUGCAACGAACCGUGCCUGCCGCCGUUCCCGCCAUUGUUUUCCUCUCAGGUGGUCAGAGUGAGGAACAGGCCACUCUCAACCUGAAUGCCAUGAACCAGCUGAAAGGAAAGAAGCCAUGGUCUCUCUCAUUCUCUUUUGGCCGUGCAUUGCAGCAGAGCACCCUCAAGGCAUGGGCUGGAAAAGAAGAGAACGUGCAGAAGGCCCGAGCUGCUUUCCUUACCAGGUGCAAAGCCAACUCAGAGGCCACUUUGGGUACCUACAAGGGUGAUGCUGCCCAGGGAGAAGGUGUCUCGGAGAGCCUGCAUGUCAAGGACUACAAGUACUGAGAAAUUUUGGGUUCUCUCUUCUCUUGUAUGGUGUUUAUGUAAGUGAGAUUUGAGUAUAAAGGAAGAAAAACAAAUGGAGAGUGUUGUCCUGCGGUUACUGUUUAUCUUCUAUUUGCUAGGAAUAAGUUGAGAGCUAAUAGCUUUGAAGAACAUUGCAACUUUAGUUUUUGUUCUGCAGAUGAAACUUUAUGGUCUGUCUAAUCUGUGUAAUGCUUUCAUGGGUUUUUAGUAAAUUGGGAUCCCUUUCUUACUCGUAUU